UCCCACUCCACGGCUGCACCGCACCUGCUCCGUUGGAAGGGAGCAAACCCUCCGUCGCCUAUUUAGCCGAGACCCCGAGCGUGGUCUUCUCCAUCCCAUCCCAUCCGCAGCGGCUUUACCUACCGAGAAGAAGAGAGAAAAAAGGUUCGAGUGCGUUGCAGAGUGAGAAGAGAUGGCUCCGGUGAAGCUGUACGGCGCGACCCUGUCGUGGAACGUCACCAGGUGCGUGGCGGCGCUGGAGGAGGCCGGCGUCGAGUACGAGCUCGUCCCCAUCAACUUCGGCACCGGCGAGCACAAGAGCCCCGACCACCUCGCCAGGAACCCCUUUGGCCAGGUGCCAGCUUUGCAGGAUGGUGACUUGUACGUCUUCGAAUCACGUGCUAUUUGCAAGUAUGCGUGCCGCAAGAACAAGCCAGAGCUGUUGAAGGAGGGCGACAUCAAGGAGUCAGCAAUGGUGGAUGUGUGGCUCGAGGUGGAGGCCCAUCAGUACACCGCCGCUCUGAGCCCCAUUCUCUUCGAGUGCCUUAUCCAUCCUAUGCUUGGGGGAGCCACUGACCAGAAGGUCAUUGACGACAACCUUGUUAAGAUCAAGAACGUGCUGGCAGUGUACGAGGCGCACCUGAGCAAGUCCAAGUACCUGGCUGGAGACUCCCUCAGUCUUGCGGACCUUAACCAUGUGUCUGUCACCCUGUGCUUGGCGGCUACACCCUACGCAUCUCUGUUCGACGCGUACCCGCAUGUGAAGGCCUGGUGGACUGACCUGUUGGCGAGGCCGUCCGUCCAGAAGGUCGCUGCGCUGAUGAAGCCAUGAUCUUAGUUUCUGGCGCUCGUUCGUCGCGAAAUAAGCCGAGGUGUGUCCCCCCUGAUGUGUGCCUGUACGAGUGUGUGUUCUUGUGAUGUCUCCUCGUGUUGAAUGUUCAGGCUUGUGCUUGCGAUCCUGUCUAAUCUUGUACUGAAAUGAGCAUUCCUGUGCUCUGGUUUAAUAAUAAAUUGUGCCCAGGUAUUUAUCUCAA